GGUGUUUGUUUUGCAAAUGGGUCACACGACUCUUUUGUAACAAAUUCAAUACGGUGGCAAUUUUCAGCUGUCGAAAACUUUUUUUUUUCAAAAACUUACACCAAUAAAAAAUAUUUAUUAACUGAUGCUCGACACAUUGCGGAUGAAACAGCAAAAAGUAUUAGGGUAAAACCGGGAUAGACGCCGCAGCGGGAUAGAUGCUUCAUAUUCUAACAACCUAACUUCCCGAACGCGAGACUAAAAAUUAAUUGUAUGAGUAGGGGUCGCACUUACCCCGCACCCCGCACCGCAGUUACCCACGGACAAUCGUGUUGAGAGGACGCGUUUCACUCGUGUGUGUCAUUAUAUCCGCGGCGAAAUUUACGAACACGUUUUGAAGCAGAACCAUGCCACGAAAAUAUAAGAGAAAGGAAGGAGUGCAAGUUCGAGUAUGUUUUUGGACUACAGAAAGUCUACAGGCAGCUUUUGAUGAAAUCGACAAAAAAACUAUGGGGAUAAACGAAAUAUCCCAUCAAUUUGGUAUUCCAUCAAGUAUAUUGAGAAGACGAUAUGCUGUCAAAAAUAAAACAAAAUUGACGAUGGGAAAGCAUCCUGUUUCAGAUUUUAACAACGAGAAGAGGCUAGUAAAACACAUUCUUAAACUUGGUGAGGCAGGAUUUCCUCCAAAUAGGCAAGCCAUACAACAUGCGUAUGGCUUAUCAAUUUGCUGAAAAACUAAAUCUAAAACAUAAUUUCGGCCACGAUAAUGAAAUGGCUGGAGGCGCAUAGUUCAAAAGUUUUAUUGUACGAAAUCCAGAACUAUCUAUCAGACAAGCUGAAGGUUUAUACUGAUACUUAAUAUAGGUAAGAAUAGUUUAUAACAACAAAUUACAAUUUACGUUUUUUGUUGGUUAAAUGCUUGUAAAGUUGAUUUUACCAAAAAAUGUGAUUAUGAAUGUUGAGAAUUUAUAUGUUAAUUAAACAAGCCCUCUAAAAUAUUUAAUAAGAGUUCCUACUUUCUGCGAUAUUAAUAUUAUC